GAGGGAGAGAGGGAGGGAGAGAGAGAGAGAGAGAGAGAGAGAGAGAGAGAGAGAGAGAAAUGGCGCCUCGAUGCUGCGCUCAGUGAGGCAGUGUUUGGAGCCGGUUAGGGAGAUUCAGUGAGAGCACACACACAAGGAAAACAUGGUGAAUACGAGGAAAAGCUCGCGGUCGAGGGCCGAGCCAUUCAUCUCUUCGAGGACUAGGUCGUCGUCGAGAAACGAGCCGAACUCAGAGGAACAUAAGGACCCCGGUAGUGAUGUGAGCAGUCCCAGCAGCCCGCGGCUGGCUCCCCCUUCCAAGCGAACGCGGCGACAGUGCGCUUCUGAGCCCAGCUCCAGUGACACCUCCCCAUCUCCUCAAACUAAAGCCCAGAGGGUCAGCUGGGACCUUCCAACGUACCGCACCAGGCUGUCCUCUCGCAUAAUGCAAAAUGGGCACGCUCAUAUGAGUCAUCGCAAUGAGGAGAGUGGAGGCGGAGAUCACUCUCGCAUGAAUGGCCAUGUGGAACUGAAGAGGAGCUGCCGGGUUAGGAAGAGCCAAUUUGAACACCUCAACCAGAGCCUGCUGUUUGACCAGCUGGUCAACAGCACUGCUGAGGCUGUCCUUCAGGAGAUGGACAACAUCAGCAGCAUUAGGCAAAACCGUGAGGUGGAGCGACUUCGAAUGUGGACUGGAGACACCGAGGAGGAAAACAUGGACAUGUAUUCCCGGGUGAAACGCAGGAAGUCAAUGCGCAGGAGCACUUUCAACAUACCUACACAUCACAAAGUCAUGAGCAAAACGGAAGAGGAAGAAGAGGAGGAGGAAGGCACAGAAGAAUUUCAUGGUGAGGAAGAGGAGGAAGACGGAGAUGAUGAUGACGAUGAUGAUGAUGAAGGGGAUGAAGCAGAGGAAGCAGAAGAGGAAAAUGACAGACCAUACAACCUGAGGCAGCGAAAGACAGUCCAGAGAUAUGAGGCGCCACCAAUUGAGCCUGUGAACAGAAAACAGAGCAACGCUUCACUUUUUGACACCCAUAGGUCCCCAGCAAGAAGAAGCCAUAUAAGAGUGAAGAAACACGCCAUACACAGCAGUGACACGACAUCGUCUUCUGAUGAGGAGCGAUUUGAGCGAAGAAAAAGCAAGAGCAUGACCAGGGCUAGGAACAGAUGUUUGCCCAUGAACCUGACGGCCGAAGACUUGGCAAGUGGGGUGCUUCGUGAUCGAGUGAAAGUGGGUGCCAGCUUGGCUGAUGUAGAUCCCAUGAACCUUGAUAACUCUGUGAAAUUUGACAGCGUAGGUGGCCUCACUAAUCACAUUCAGUCGCUAAAAGAGAUGGUGGUGUUUCCUCUGCUUUAUCCUGAGAUCUUUGAAAAGUUCAAGAUUCAACCUCCGAGAGGGUGUUUGUUCUACGGCCCACCGGGGACAGGAAAGACCCUGGUUGCACGGGCACUUGCCAAUGAGUGUAGCCAGGGAGACCGGAAGGUUUCAUUCUUCAUGAGGAAGGGAGCUGACUGCCUCAGCAAAUGGGUUGGUGAAUCAGAGCGCCAGCUACGUCUGCUCUUUGACCAGGCAUACCUGAUGAGACCAUCCAUUAUUUUCUUUGAUGAGAUUGAUGGCUUAGCUCCUGUUCGCUCCAGCAGGCAAGACCAGAUACACAGUUCUAUUGUGUCCACUCUGCUGGCCUUGAUGGAUGGCUUGGACAGUCGUGGGGAGAUAGUGGUCAUUGGUGCUACAAACAGACUUGACUCUAUCGACCCGGCACUCAGGAGGCCUGGGCGCUUUGACCGGGAGUUUCUGUUCAACCUGCCUGACAAGAAGGCCAGAAAGCACAUCCUACAGAUCCACACACGGGACUGGAAUCCCAAAUUGGCUGAGCCAUUUAUAGAUGAACUUGCAGAAAAAUGUGUCGGCUACUGUGGUGCUGACAUCAAAGCACUUUGCACAGAGGCAGCCUUGGUGGCUUUGCGUCGCCGCUAUCCCCAGAUAUAUGGCAGCAGCGUCAAACUGAAGCUGGAUGUCACCUCCAUCGUUUUGGGGCCUGGCGACUUCAGCAAGGCGAUGAGGACAAUCGUCCCAGCCUCCCAGAGGGCCCUGGCUCCCCCCGGCCGGGCCCUGUCCCCCACCCUCAGGCCCUUGCUGGCCAGUUCUUUCUCCUUGGUGCUGAAAUCUCUGCUCAGAGUCUUCCCCCAUGCUCAGUUUACUGACAGGGACAACACACACGGCGGUGACAAUCAACUGCUUGAAGAGGACUUUUACAGCGAUGAUGACAAUGAUGAAGGCUCUGCUUCCAUCUAUGAAGUCCAGCCUGCUGCAUCCCCAGAGAGAUGGCAUCCCUCUUCUGCAACACACAGACCCUUCCUCCAUUUCUCAUCCUCUGCCCUCAAACAUCCUACAGCCUAUCGACCUCGUCUACUGCUGUCUGGGGCCACAGGCUCAGGACAGAGCUCCCACCUGGCCCCUGCUUUGCUGCACCACUUGGACAAACUGCCAGUCCACCGCCUAGACCUUCCCACACUCUACUCCAUCAGCGCAAAGACACCAGAAGAGUCUUGUGCUCAGGUUUUCCGUGAGGCCCGCCGUAGCAUGCCCAGCGUGGUGUUUAUGCCACAUAUCUCAGAGUGGUGGGAGACGGUGGGUGACACCGUGAAGAGCACUUUCCUCACCUUGCUCCAGGAUGUGCCCUCGUUCAGCCCUGUUCUUAUCCUUGCAACGGCUGAGACCCACUAUUCACAACUGUCAGAUGAGGUAAGAAGUAUUUUCCAGAGGAGCUAUGGGGAGGUAGUAACGCUGUGCCCUCCAGGAGAAGAGGACAGGCGAAGCUUCUUCUCCAACCUGCUAUUGGUCACAGCAGCCAGUCCUCCUCCACGCCUCAGGAACACAGAGAGGUGCAAAGAGGCACUACCAGUGGCAGAGGCUCCAGGCCCCAGAGUCCUCUCAGCAGAAGAACAGCGCCGCCUGGCUGAACAGGAGGAGAACACAUUACGGGAGCUCAGACUCUUUCUCAGGGAUGUGACCAAGCGUCUGGCCACUGACAAACGUUUUAACAUCUUCAGCAAACCAGUUGACAUUGAGGAGGUUUCAGACUACCUAGAGGUGAUCCGGCAGCCCAUGGACCUGUCCACUGUAAUGACCAAGAUUGACACCCACAAGUACCUCACGGCGAAGGACUUCCUUGUGGAUAUCGACCUCAUCUGCAGUAAUGCUUUGGAAUACAAUCCUGACAAAGACCCUGGAGACAAGGUGAUCAGGCACAGAGCAUGCAGUUUAAAGGACACGGCCCAUGCCAUAUUUGCUGCUGAACUGGAUCCAGAAUUUGACCGCAUGUGUGAGGAAAUCAAGGAAGCGCGCAGGAAGAGAGACCUCCAGGUGCCAGCUCCGCUGACGGCAGCUCCAGGCGCUGUGGCAGCCAGGAAGCACCACACUGCAGGAGAGGAGCAGACGAAGAACAGUACUCAGGGCGAGGCCACAGAUAAACAGUGCACAGCUAAUCACAUAAAACGAAAGAUUCGCCGGCGGCCAUCUUGGGGACGGGGCAUCAUUCGUAAGAAGAAGAACUACAAGAAAGGAACAGAAGAGGAAGAGGAGGAACAUGAGGCAGAAGUGGAAGCUGCAGGACCCAGCGACUCGUGUUUGACACAGGAUGAAGACUCGUCUUGUGAUACCAUGGGCCCCCAGCCAAAUGGCCACCAUCCCCAUGCUCCCUCCACCGAAGAGGAGAGCUCUAAUGAGCCCCUUGUUGCAGCUCCCGCUGGAACUUCAGGUGCCAGUGAGCCCAGUGAAGAGCCAACACCUAAGGAGAAGGAGGUUCUUCCAGCCAAAGAAGGGUAUUCUGAGAAAAGUGAGAAACACACUCAUGUCCAUAUCCUCGGUGUCAGUUCUCAUCUACAGGCAGAUGGGCAUUGCCAGGCCAAGCAGGCUGACUUCCACCCUUUGAUUAAAAUGCCCAAAUCUUUAGAUGUUAAGAAUCAGCCCCAGCACCUUGUGUCGCAAGUAGACUGUGUUAAUGGAAAUGAGUCAAUGGACAGCCUGGACUCGCAGAGCCUCAAGAGGAACAGUGAGGCAGAGGAAAGGACUUGUCACAGGCCAACUGAAGGCUCUGACAAGCAAGAGGAGGAAGAGCACAAUGACGAGCACGAGAACCAUCCAACUCAGGAGCACCCUCUCCAGGACGGGAGGGGCGUAAUAGAAGGUGCAGAGGAGGAACAAGAUGAAGAAGGCGAUUUCAACAUAAGUGAAAACAAGUGCAGCCCAUCAGAGCAGUUGAAGGGAUCUCCGGAACGACCAGAGGAGGAACCACAGCCAAUCCCUCCACGUCCUCCAGUAGUGGUGGAUCACCAGCGACUUUUGGCUCUACUGGAUGUGGUGGUGAAGAAGACUGAGGGUUACAGUGUGGAGCAGUUAGAGAGGCUGUACUCCCUUCUCAGCCAGUGUAUCUACCAGCACCGCAGAGAGUACGACAAGACACAGCUACUGGAGGCGAUGGAGGAAAGAAUCCAGCAUUUUGAUACAUUCCUGUGAGAUGGAGGAAGAAGUACCUGUCUGGGUACGUCCUGAACCGCCUGGGACCACAACGACACACACACUGAGCGCGAGAGACACACACGGACAAUUCAGCUCCCCCUUCUUGCUGGGAGGGAGGGCGACGAGGUUGAGGACGGAGACAUUCAAUGGUGCUAUCGUCUCAGGAACCUGGCCAGAUCCAGACCGAACCUACACAACCAAACCCCCGGAGGUGUGUUAGUCACACACUCGCGCACACACCAAUGGUGACGGGCCGCCCUGGUGCUACUCGGGUGCUAUGCUAACUUUUUUUUUCCUCCAUGCUGCUCUUGGGACUACUUGUUAACUUGGAUAAAUAGUGAAACCAACAGAUUGGGUGAUGUCACAUCGCGACGUAGCCGCUCUCUUUCAGCACUGGCUGCGCAUACACACAAUUUGAAUACGCUUCGGUUUUCAUGCGUUCCCACAAACGCACUCGCAUGCGAGCGCACACUCUCAGAUCCUCACCAGCAGAAGUGUGAAUGCAGAGCGCCGCUAGGAGAUGAGGACAGAUAAUGUUCUGACUCACUGAACUAUGAUGCUGAGCCCAUCUUGCCCCCAAGUGGAAUGCUUCAUCACAGGCCAGUAAUGCCGCGCCAUUAUUUUUUUCCUCCCGCUAUUUUAGCUACUUGAUUAGUUCAGUAUCUGAGCCGCCGUCGAGGAUACUCACCCAGAACUACAGCUUAGGAAGUACGCAAACUUGAUGAGGUUAGCACAGUAGGACUAGAGCCCAUCAUUUCCCCUUCAUUACAGCGGCCAUCAGGUGUGGAAAGCCUCCGACUACUGGUGAACACGCGCAGCCUGUAGACCAGCUAUAACCCACCGCGGGCCUCCAGUCCUGGCAGAUUGUGGCAUCUUAAACGUUUUGCGGUAGCUCAAGCCUCUCCAUCCGCCCCCUCCCCCUCCCCACAUUCACAGUAUGAAUGUUUUCCCUCAUGCUCAAACUGUGCCCGCCACUUGAUUUUCCUAUCAACACCCCGACUGAGGAACUGGAAGCAGUACAAAUUGGAAAUCGUGUCGUUUGCACUGCCUAGCGUGUGCCUUAUUAUUAUAAAGCCUCGUAUGAAACUUUGAUAUAUUUAGGAGGAUUUUUUUUAUUUAAUACUUGUGACAAUGAACAGGCUCCAAGUUGGGGUGGGUCUUAAUGUAACCACUGAGGUCACUGUGACCUCACAGCAAAAAAAAAAAAAAAGUCAGUCAGUGCUGUUAGGCCUGUUGAAAACAUAUCUUUCACACAACAAAGUUGAAUUAUUAACUUAAAGGCAUUAAACUCCAAUCACCUGUCAGGCCGCGUCGGAAGCACUUCAAAUUUUCUAUUCAAAUGUAUUCCUGCCCUGUUUUGGCCCAGUCCAGUCAGGGGAGGUCCGUCUCCACCUGAGCACACAGCAGGUGUGAGAAGAGGUCGCCAACACCAGCUUUUCUUCAGUUCUUCAUAUGCAAAAAAUAACGAUGCGAGUCAAAUCAUCUAUUGUGCCAACUGUUGCCCUCAUUCUGAGAAGGUGCUGACAACACGGUGCCCGUUGGCAGGAGCUCUGUCUGGACUAUGAACACGUUCUGUUAGACCCUCAUAACCUUUGUAUUACGUGUUUAUUUUUUUUAUCAUUUUCUUUUUUUCUUACCUUGUCAUAAAAAUGCCUUGCUAGAGAUUGUUGUUGCAUGGGAUGUGAAACCAUAAUGAACAAGGCCAUUCUAGGCAGUGCCUGUCACUAAAGGUGUUUCAAGCAUUACGUCGUUUUCAUUUUGUAUUUUUCUUCUCUGACAUGUGGAAUUGUGUUUUAUCAACACCAGACGAGAGAAGCUAGAUUCUCAUCUGUGGCCAACACAGCGUAUGUUUCCUGACUGCAGUAAAUGAAGGUAUUUACUGAAGCUUUAUAAAGUUUUUAAGGCACGGUCCGGUCACCAUUGUUUGAAGAUGCCAUAUUGGAGCAGGCGUUGUCUGGAGACGGCUCCCCCUGUUUUUUCCUCUUGAAGCACUCUUGGUCCAAUCCUCAAACCUCUCGGUGCAACUCUGACCCCAGCUCACCUCUGCCUUGUUCCCACAUUUUCCGGGGACUAACGCAAAGACCAUAUGCAAACUGGCAAUGACAGGUUAGCACUUGGACUACUGCAGAGAGAAAAACCAAUGCUACCUCAGCUUAAUUUAUUUUAAUGCGAAAACUGUUUACCGGGUACAAAAACAGUGUUUUUCUCCCUCCCAAAUACCGUUGCAACAUCAACAGUACCAGAUCAGUGCAACCAUGGCUGCUGCAGUAAUCCAAAAGUGGUUUAUAUCUCUGAUUGUUCUGUAUGUUUGCAUUUGAGCCAGAUGAUGAUUGCAUACAUUUUAGGGAUAUUUCAUGGACUCUGUAUGUUAAUGCUUUAGUUUCUCUUUAGUUGUAAAUGUACUUUGACAGUGGUGUCACACAUCUGAUCCUCUUCCACGUUAGCACCCCCUCAAACUUUCACUGCAGCUAUAGAAAGCGUUUCUGCCUUUUUUUUUUACUUUUUAAAUUCUUUUUUUUUUGCAGAUUUUCAUCUCAUGAUUCUGAUUAUUUAUUAAGUUUUACACCUAAUUGUUAGUCAAUUGUGUAUUUUUCCUUUUUUAUAUGUUAACAAAUUGGAAAGCGUUGCUGCGUCCAUUUUCACUAUGUUGCUGAAUUGCGUAGCGUUUGUGUAGCAUGUUUUUUUGGCGCGUUUGGGGGAGUAAAGGGUUUACAGGUCUCUCAGGUUCAACACGCGACCACAUGCCCUUUCAGCAUUUCUAUUUAUUUGGUUGUUCUGGUGUUUUCUUUGAGUGGUUAUGGACUGUGGCAUACUGGAAGAAACUAACAUUAGCACGCAUUCUAAACACUGUCUAUCUGGUGCAUCGCCAGGAAGAGAUACACAGGAAAACUCCUUCAAUCUUGUUUUGCCAAAAACUUAUUUUAUGGCUUUAGAAACACAUUUGGAAAUAAAAUGAGUAGUUUAAAUGUCAUACAUUGUGAUCUUCCUUUAUUAAAUUGUAGCCAGUUUGGACUAACAACCAAUUUUUGUCUGGUAGUUGAGACUACUUAGUCCAGUAUGCAGAAGGAAAGGGUUCGUUCUUCCUUGAUUUUCAACGUUAGUCUUUUCCAUAGCUUCGUCUGUUCCUGUUUUUGUAUUUAACACACCUGUUCACAAUUGUUACUUUUUAGCGUAAGUUAUAUUUCAAACAAAACAUUUACUGUAUUUCUCAAAUAAACUGCUGUGAUAUACUUGAAUAAAAGGUGCAAACUGUC